GUCUCUGGGGCUCGAUCUUUUGGCAUUCGCAAUCCCGCUGCGAAUUUGUUGCUCGACUACUACUACUUUCUUUCUUUCUCCCGUUUCCCGAUGGCAGCACCCUCUCCAACCAGCAAUCAACUUCCGACUGUGUGGCUCGCACCUCCGGAAGGCCUCCUACCCUCGAGUCAUAAGAUCAAGGUCGAGCCAGCACCCAUAGCCAUCAGCUCAGCCUUGGCUCUUCUCGUCCUCCUCAUUGUCUCGCUCAUAUUCAACAAUAAGAAGAAAAAAGGCAGUCAUAUGGAGGACAUGGUCGAAGCAACCCAGGGGGUAGACAAGGAGCGACCCGUAAUAGGACCCGGAAACAGCCAACAGGCAGGACAUAUUUCACUCGAGCCAACUCAAGCUCGGCCCAAGCUCAUGUCUCGAAGCUCUUCUAUGUACUCAAAUCGCAGCCGUCGCAAGGGAAUGAAGAACUACUCAAGCGAGAGUCUAGAGACUACUUGGGAAGACUUCGAAUACGAUACACCAGCGCAAGUACCAAAAGACAUACCCAGGAUACGCCUACCAUCUCCUGUCUACAAGCGCAAUGGAAAUUUGGAUGCCGAUACCACUCCAACCCACAGUUUCACGGUUGACUUCGACGAUAAGAGUGCUCUAGAUAGCGAAGCCUCAUACGGCCGAUAUGGACAUGCGGAUACGACGUCGGUCCUGGAUCUACCUGGUUAUCCAGCUUCAUACAAUCCGAGUGCAUUCCAACCAUUGGCGCCAGAGGAGGUGGGAAUGCAUGGCAAAAUCUGGAAAUGACAACAUAACAUUGUCGGAACUAGGCACAGUCUAUUUCAGUGUGCUAUUUGGGAUUAUUACAGGACGCUUGAAAUAUUAUGAUGUGUGAAACCUAGCACUGGCCUCAGUUAUGGUCAUCAUAACCCACGUC